AUGUGAUGGUCACAUACACAGAUAUGAAGAAACACACAGACUUCGGUGACUCAUUCUGGAGUUUUGGAAAAGAGCAGGACUUCAAGCCUCACAUUAGACACAUUGAGCCUGUUCUCACUGAAUGUGACCUUGACUGGAAAUCCCAUUUGCGCUGGAUACCUGAACCACGAUACAGUGAUGCCCCAUUUCCACACAUCAAAGACAUAAAGUUUCUCAAUGAAAGGAAACUGAUGAGAUCCUUCCCACAGGCUAAUAGAGUUACUUUAUCGGAGUGGAGCUUUUAUCCAAACAUUGGACAGCCCAAGACCUAUCACACUGGAAAGAGAUGUUUUAUGGAUGGCAUUAUUCAUAAAAGAAGCACGGGAUGCAUUUCAGAAAAUUCCCUGGAAUCAUUCAUAGGGAGCAAAAAGCAGGCCACAGACAAAUGCAGCAUCUACCCUUCAACAAAGGUCAGACCAUUUCUAGUCCCUGAGUACAGCUCUGACUUUCAUAAAUAUGAAUCAUCACUGCGCACAGCCACUUUUGGGUCCAAGCCUUUUGCCACAUUUAAACCAUUUACUGACCUAAAACCCAGCACAAAACACAUCAGUCCACCGUAUGCAGAGAAACAUGAAAGUCUUGCUCGAGAGGAGGACAUUCUUGAAGUCAAGAGGUUGAGCAGCUGGAGACCAGCACCAGACAUCUAUGACAGGACAGUUUUGCUGGACACCUAAUUUGGAAGGUGUCAAACCAUGCUUACAUAUUUAUUGUUGUUAUUCUUUGCUAUUUUAUUAGACAUAUUUUUGUCUUUUCUUUCCUUCAACACUAUACCUCAUGGUUUUCCAUUGAUUAUAUCUUACAAUAUUUAGAUCUUUAUGGUCUAGCCCAAGAACUUCAUAUUGGAAAGGGUUGAAUCAGGUUAAAUUUGUUUUGGGCUUUAGACAGAGAGAACAAUUACUUCUUUUCUUUUUUUUUGCCUUAUUAGUUGGAGAUUUUCCUUAAUUCCCUGACAAAGACAAAUGCAUGUCUUUUCACUGUGCCAAAAUGUAAUUGCUGGACAGAAUAGGAAACAGUUAAAAUGAUUGUGUGGGCAAGAUGUUUAUAAUUGUUAA